CAACAAUUUCAUAUCUUAAGACCAUAUGUACGAGCUUUGGGGACAAGUGAUAUAGACACCAAGUUACCCUGAGUGCGGGGCACGAUCUCCUGUGUACGAUCGCAGAAGAGCAAACUCGCGAUGGUCAGCUGUUGCGCAAGUAAUCGUGAGUCGGCUACGGAAUCGCCGGUUGCUUGUGCGUCUAGCUUCAAGUGCACGACCUGGCCUUGCAGCAACGCGGCUCGAAUGUGACCAAGCACUUGCUGUUUGAGAGCUGAAUCUCGGGCGAUGGCCACAUACGAUAAGUUCUGGAGCCACACGUCAUCCUGGCCAAACUUCGCGUCUUCGUGAACUUCGAUGCAGUUGUCUGUACCAACCGAUCCGUUGAAUUCGUCAUUGUCCCCUGCUUGGGGCAGAAUAUUGACAUCCGCAGCUGGUGGCACCCUCAUUUGCGACGCUUCUAGACGUCGACGAUCAUCCCAAGAUUGGUAGUGUGGGGUCCGCUUUACGAGCGCAAAUCGCUUGGCCUCGUCCGAUCUCCAUCUGGAUUUGUAUGACGCUUGAAUCGCUGCGACAGAGGUCAGGGGUUGUGCUCGCUCCUUUGGCUUGGACGCGGGAGCCUCGUUAUUUACGUACGCUGGGGUGCCCACAAAGGUCGAUGCGCUGUCAGAUCGAUCUCCUUCAGGGGUCGAGGCAACAACACUCGGUUGGCAGGUCGCUUUGAGCUGCUUCGCCUUGGCAUUCCAUUCUUUCAAGCGCGACUUUUGCUCCUCACGACUCCACGACGCGAAUUCCAUUCCCAAGUGUGCGCUAUUUUAGGACCAGGUUUGACAUUCACGACUAUCACGACUUUCAACAACAUAUAUACAUCAUGGCAACGGAAUCCUCGGCAACCCAUCAACUUCGGCGAUUAGUGCUGGAGGCUCAAAAGACCAAGGCCCGGACCCCCGGCGGCAAACAACCAUUAGGGACACAAGCGGAUACUCGUGGUCAACGCAUGCCACUGCACCUGAAAACCAUUCGCAAACGCAUGCAAGAACCCACGUCACUUCAGAUGCAGAUCGACGACUUUAUCGAGUCCGCGGGCGAAGGGUUGGACGAUCGCGUCGACCAAUACGUUCGCGCUGGCUUACCCAUCGAUCGAACCCACACCGUCCUCGGAUAUACCGCUCUACAUGCUGCAGCCAACCAGCCGGACGGCCGAGUCAUGGCGCGCCUCCUUCGUGCAGGGGCCAAUGUCAACGCAACAGCGAUGAACCAUCAAGGCACCGCCUUACACGCAGCGGUACUGUACAACAACCAGUCGGGCGUGGAAAAGCUACUCCAGCACCAAGCGCACCGCCUGGCUCGCGCGCAGGGCGACGUGGUUCCUGCCGACAUUGCCAUGGAAUAUGGACGUCGCACAAUCCACAACAUACUGAAAGGCCCCCCUCCCCCGCCCCAUCUGCCAAAAUGCACUCUCGUGGAGCCACAACGUUUGCAUAUAACGUGGGAGGUCAAGCCUCGGUCCAGACUAUCAGCUAAUCGAACGACGCCUCCUCCCCCUCCAACCGAAUUCAAAGUGUUGUGGCGGAUGUGGUGUGCAAACGACUUUACCCACGCGACGUGCAAAGCCCCAGUGUUUGUUGUGCAGGGGCUGGUACCUGCCACGCUGUAUGAAAUCACAGUGCAAGCCGCCAACGAUGCCGGGUGGAGCGACACGAGUGCGCCCCUCGUCGUCAAAACUGCAGAAACGACCCCCACGGCCCCCAAAGCGCCCGUGAUCACAUUCGUGUCGGAAAAGUCCAUCACAAUGGGGAUUCUGCUGCCAGAGUCUAACGGUGCCGCCCUCGACGCCAUCUGUGUCUUGGUUCAAAAGACGGGCUCCAUUGACCUCUGCGACACGAGCGAUCUCGUGGCGCUCAUGCAAGUAAACCCGCACGAUACAGCAUGGACUGUGGUGUGGGAAGGCCACCCAAGCACGUUGCGACCCUUGGAGCACCACGACCCGAGCGUGCGCGAGUUCGUUGCCAGUACCCUCGCCCCCGGCACAGUCUACUUUUACCGCGUCAAGGCGCGCAAUGCAUUAGGGUGGUCAGAUCUGGGGGACGUUAGCGACGGCAUCACGACCAACGACGCCCCAAAACUCGUGCACAAGACGGGCACGUCGCUGGGGCUCGUGUGGCCCAAACCGUAUUCCACGCACGACAUUGACAUGUACGAACUGCAGUGCAAAGUGGCCGCCACGACCGACUGGUCGGUUGUGUCGUCGCGAAUCCGCGGCCAAAGCCACACCGUGUCGCAGCUGUCUCCAGCCACGGGUUAUGUGUUUCGCGUGCGGCCACAUUUCGCGAACAUGCGACAAGGUCAAUGUAGUAGUAGUAGCUGGGAAACCGAGUCGAAUUGUGUCGAGAGCCACAUCUACCACACCCACGGAGCGACGCCCGACCCGCCGUCGGACGUGGUGCUAGUCAGCCGGUCCCAAUCGAUGCUCGAGGUGCGGUGGAAGAUGCCUCGAUGCAAUGGCCACGUGGUGCUGCAUUACGAGCUGCAGAAACAACGCAUGGAUGAAGUCAAGUCGACGCAGUCCAUCUUGUCGGACGCGAAGCCAGACCCCGCCGCGCCAUGGGAGUCGGUUUCCAAUACCAUUGAAGUGGAUUGUGCUACGUAUCGAGUCCAAGGGCUCAUGCAUGGCACGCCCUAUCGGUUUCGACUGCGAGCGAGGAAUGCCUUAGGGUGGAGCGUCGAUGGCGACCCUUCCGUUGCCUUUUUCACCCACGGUACAUACAGUGUUUGUGUCCUCUUGUGAUGACUGGUAGCGACUGCCAUGCCUAAUUAUGCAUCCGCACAGCCUUUCUCCCGCCAACGCCACCGCUCGCCACGGCCAAGACCCACUAUUCCCUCGACAUUGCAUGGCGGGAUCAACAAGCCGACGUGAAUAACAACGUGGACCUAAAGGAGUACUUUGAACUGCACCUGUGCCGCCUGUGGACGUACUGCCCGCACGAUGCCAUCCCCGACAUUCGCCUCGACACAUGGGACGUGGUGCAAGAUCGGUGUCCGACCAGGAGCUGCGUGGUGUCCAACUUGUCUGCGUUAAGCUGGUAUGCCUUUCGCGUGCGUUCGUGGAUCCGCCAUCGUGGCUGGACAGAGUUUAGCGACCCCAGUCGUCCCAUUCAAACCCUUCGCCGGAUGUAAAAACUCAAAAAGUUCUCCCGCCAGAAAUUGUGGCGCUAAUGCAUUUGAUUGGUAUAAAAUUUUAAUUAUAAACCAAUGGCCUUGCAGCAUU